GGGAGGAGGUGGAGGCGGCGGUGGUGGCGGCGGAGGUGGAGGAAGGGGGGAAACAGAGGAGGUGGAAUAAUCAGCAGCUGUUACGGUUACUGUCAUCAUCAUCACCUCCCCUCCGGCGGCCUGUGAUCCCCGGAAAGAGGAGGAAGGGGGAGACCCCGGGCCGGGGCGAUGGCGGCUCACAAGCCGGUAGAAUGGGUGCAAGCCGUGGUGAACCGCUUCGAAGAGCAGCUUCCAAUUAAAGCCGGGCAGCAGAAUACACACACCAAAGUCAGCAUGGAGCACAACAAGGAGUGUCUCAUAAACAUUUCCAAGUACAAAUUCUCCCUGGUCAUAAGUGGACUUACACACAUCCUCAAGAACGUGAACAUCAUGAAGAUAUACGGAGAAGCUGCUGAAAAGAAUUUAUACUUGUCUCAGCUGAUUAUAUUGGAUACACUGGAAAAAUGUCUUGCUGGGCAACCAAAAGACUGUAUGCGAUUGGACGAGACGAUGCUUGUCAAGCAGCUGCUACCCGAGAUUUGCCAUUUUAUUCAUACGCAUCGGGAGGGAAACCAGCAUGCAGCCGAGCUCCGGAUUUCUGCAUCAGGAGUCCUGUUUUCUUUAAGCUGCAAUAAUUUUAAUGCAGUUUUCAGUCGGAUUUCAACAAGGCUACAAGAACUGACAGUUUGCUCGGAGGACAACGCUGAUGUCCAUGAUAUAGAUUUGAUACAGUACAUCAACGUGGACUGCGUAAAACUUAAAAGGCUUUUGCAAGAGACGGUCUUCAAGUUUAAAUCGCUGAAGAAGGUAGCCCAGCUGGCGGUUAUCAACAGUCUUGAAAAGGCAUUCUGGAAUUGGGUAGAAAAUUAUCCUGAUGAGUUUACAAAAUUGUACCAGAGACCUCAGACUGAUAUGGCAGACUGUGCGGAGAAGUUAUUUGACUUGGUGGACAAUUUUGCAGAAAGCAACAAGCGGAAAGUAGCUGUAUGGCCCUUGCAGAUCAUUUUGCUAGUUCUGUGUCCUGAAAUUAUCCAGGACAUUUCUAAGGAAGUUGUAGAAGAAAACAAAAUGAACAAGAAACUAUUUCUUGAAAACCUCAGGAAAGCUUUAACUGGGCAUGGCGUAGGAAAACCACUGACUGAAAGUGCUGCAAUUGCUUGUGUCAAGUUGUGCAAGGCUUCCACUUAUGUCAAUUGGGAGGAUAAUUCCGUCAUAUUUCAUCUCGUCCAGUCUUUAGUCAUUGACUUGAAGAAUUUGCUGUUCAAUCCCAGCAAACCUUUCUCGAGAGGUGCAGGAAACCAGAAUGCAGAUGUGGAUCUUAUGAUUGACUGCCUUGUUUCUUGCUUUAGGAUCAACCCUCACAACAACCAGCAUUUCAAAAUUUGCUUGGCACAGUCCUCGCCUUCAACAUUUCAUUAUGUGCUGGUUAAUUCUUUGCACAGGAUUAUCACCAAUUCUGCACUGGACUGGUGGCCCAAGAUCGAUGCUGUUUAUUGCUACUCAGGAGAACUCCGCAGCAUGUUUGCUGAAACGCUCAGAAUUGUCAUGCAGUUACAUACAGCAAUCCGUCUGACGCCGAGUCUUACCUUUAAAGAGAAAAUGCCAUACCUUAAAUUUAAAGAGAAGCCCACCGACCUGGAGACCAGAAGUUAUAAGUACUUGUUGCUGUCAAUGGUCAAACUCAUCCAUGGGGACCCAAAGCUGCUUUUAUAUAACCCAGGAAAAGCAGCACCUGACACACAGAACAGUACCGCAGAGUUAAUUAACGGAUUGGUACAGUUGGUCCCGCAGACAAACAUGCCGGAGGUGGCACAAGAAGCCAUGGAGGCAUUGUUGGUUCUACAUCAACCGGACAGCAUUGAACUGUGGAAUCCAGAUGCACCAGUAGAAACCUUCUGGGAAAUAAGUUCUCAAAUGAUCUUCUGCAUAUGUAGGAAAUUGACAGGCCACCAAAUGCUCAACAGCACUGAAGUCCUUAAAUGGCUCCGAGAAAUAUUGAUUUGCAGAAAUAAAUUUCUUCUUAAAUACAAGGAAAGUGCUGCAGCUGGAAGUGGAAUCCCAAUUUGCCGUCAAGCUCAGACUAAAUUGGAAGUUUCCCUCUACAUGUUUCUCUGGAGCCCAGAUAUUGAAGCUGUUCUAGUGGCAAUGUCAUGUUUCCGGAGCUUGUGUGAAGAGGCUGAAAUCCGUUGUGGGGUGGAUGAAGUGUCUGUCCACAAUUUCUUACCAAAUUACAACACCUUCAUGGAGUUUGCAUCUGUCAGCAAUAUGUUGUCAACUGGCAGAGCAGCUCUACAGAAGCGAGUUAUGGCCUUACUUAGAAGAAUAGAGCAUCCGACAGCUGGAAACACAGAGGCAUGGGAAGACACAUAUGCAAAGUGGGAGCAAGCAACAAAGUUAAUCUUAAACUUCCCAAAGACUAAACUGGAAGAUGGUCAGGUCACUGAAAGUCUUCAUAAGACCAUUGUGAAGAGGAGGAUGUCUCACGUGAGCGGAGGUGGAUCUAUAGAUCUUUCAGAUACGGACUCUCUCCAGGAGUGGAUUAACAUGACUGGGUUUCUUUCAGCCCUUGGUGGAGUUUGUCUGCAGCAUCGAAGCAGUGUCGGACUUGUCACUUACAGUCCGCCAAUGGGCCCUGUAAAUGAACGCAAAGGCUCUGUCAUCUCAAUGGUGUCUACGGAGGGAAAUGCUGAAACCCCUGUCAGCAAGUUUCUUGAUAGGCUUCUGUCUUUGAUGGUAUGCAACAAUGAGAAGGUUGGAGUGCAGAUACGAACAAACAUUAAAGACUUGGUUGGUUUAGAAUUAAGCCCUGCCUUGUAUCCAAUGCUCUUUAACAAAAUGAAGAACAAUAUCAGCAAGUUUUUUGACUCCCAGGGGCAGGUUUUACUUAAUGACACCAAUACCCAGUUUGUUGAACAGACAAUUACCAUUCUGAAGAACCUGCUUGAUAAUCACACAGAAGGCAGUUCUGAACAUUUGGGACAAGCCAGUCUGGAGACCAUGAUGCUCAAUCUUGUCAGGUAUGUCCGUGUACUGGGGAACAUGGUGCAUGCCAUUCAGAUCAAGACAAAGCUUUGUCAGCUGGUGGAGGUGAUGAUGGAAAGAAGGGACGAUCUUUCCUUUUGUCAGGAAAUGAAAUUCAGAAAUAAGAUGGUAGAAUACUUGACAGACUGGGUAAUGGGAACUUCUAAUCAAGCAGCAGAUGAAGAUGUUAAGUGUCUAACCAGGGACCUAGAUCAGGCAAGCAUGGAGGCUGUGGUGUCUCUUCUUGCUGGACUACCUCUUCAACCUGAGGAAGGAGAUGGAGUAGAAUUAAUGGAAGCUAAAUCACAGUUGUUUCUCAAAUAUUUCACCCUGUUCAUGAAUUUACUAAAUGACUGUAGCGAGGUAGAAGAUGAUGGGACCCAGACAGGGGGCAGGAAGAGAGGAAUGUCACGGCGAUUGGCUUCCUUACGACAUUGUACGGUUUUGGCUAUGUCAAAUCUGUUAAAUGCCAAUGUAGACAGUGGCCUUAUGCAUUCAAUAGGUCUUGGCUAUCAUAAGGAUCUACAGACAAGAGCUACUUUUAUGGAAGUCCUUACAAAAAUCCUUCAACAGGGGACAGAGUUUGAUACUCUGGCUGAAACCGUGUUGGCUGAUCGCUUUGAAAGACUGGUAGAAUUGGUCACCAUGAUGGGUGACCAAGGGGAGUUGCCCAUUGCCAUGGCUCUCGCCAAUGUCGUUCCCUGCUCACAAUGGGAUGAGCUUGCACGUGUCCUUGUGACGCUCUUUGAUUCCAGACAUCUCCUGUAUCAGCUUCUGUGGAACAUGUUUUCUAAGGAAGUCGAGCUAGCCGACUCCAUGCAGACGCUUUUCAGAGGAAACAGCUUGGCUAGUAAAAUUAUGACCUUUUGUUUUAAGGUUUAUGGGGCCACCUAUCUCCAGAAGCUUUUGGAACCCUUGCUGAGAGUUAUCAUUACAGCCCCAGAGUGGCAGCAUGUCAGUUUUGAGGUCGACUCUACAAGGUUGGAUGGAGUUGAAGUCCUUGAAGAAAAUCAGCGUUGUCUUCUGCAGAUGACUGAGAAGUUCUUUCAUGCCAUUAUAAACUCGACCCUUGAGUUCCCUACCCAGUUGCGGAGUGUGUGCCAUUGUUUGUAUCAGGCAACUUGCCACUCCCUACUGAAUAAAGCUACCGCUAAAGAAAAAAAGGAAAACAAAAAAUCAGUUGUAAGCCAGAGAUUUCCACAGAACAGCAUUGGUGCAGUAGGAAGUGCCAUGUUCCUUAGGUUCAUUAAUCCGGCCAUUGUGUCUCCUUAUGAAGCAGGGAUAUUGGACAAGAAGCCACCUCCAAGAAUUGAACGUGGCUUAAAGUUAAUGUCUAAGAUUCUCCAGAGUAUUGCCAAUCACGUAUUGUUUACGAAAGAGGAGCACAUGCGUCCCUUUAAUGAAUUUGUGAAGAGCAACUUUGACGCUGCACGAAGGUUUUUCUUUGACAUUGCAAAUAAUUGCCCGCCAAGUGACACAGUUAAUCACAGCCUCUCCUUUAUUACGGAUGGGAAUGUACUUGCCUUACAUCGGUUGCUCUGGAACAAUCAGGAGAAGAUUGGACAGUACCUUUCUAGUAACCGGGAUCAUAAAGCUGUUGGUAGGCGGCCAUUUGAUAAAAUGGCAACUCUGCUUGCUUAUCUUGGCCCCCCAGAACACAAACCAGUUGCGGACACGCAUUGGUCUAGCUUGAAUCUGACCAGUUCCAAGUUUGAAGAAUUUAUGACCAGGCAUCAGGUACACGAGAAAGAAGAAUUUAAAGCAUUAAAAACUCUAAAUAUAUUUUACCAAGCAGGGACAUCAAAGGCCGGGAAUCCAGUUUUCUACUACAUUGCGAGGCGGUUUAAGACUGGUCAAAUAAACGGAGAUUUAUUGAUCUACCAUGUCCUUCUGACUUUAAAGCCAUACUAUGCCAAGCCAUAUGAGAUAGUGGUAGAUCUCACACACGCUGGGCCCAGCAAUCGUUUCAAGACAGACUUCCUUUCGAAAUGGUUUGUGGUUUUUCCUGGCUUUGCUUAUGAAAAUGUGACAGCCGUUUAUAUCUACAACUGUAACUCCUGGGUGAGGGAAUAUACUAAAUACCAUGAGCGGCUGUUAACUGGACUGAAGGGCAGCAAGAGGCUGAUUUUCAUUGAUCCAUCGGGAAAGUUGGGCGAACACAUAGAACACGAUCAGCAGAAACUCCCAGCUGCCACACUUGCUUUGGAAGAGGACUUGAAGCUGUUCCAUAAUGCACUUAAACUGGCCCACAAAGACACUAAAGUGUCCAUAAAAGUUGGUUCUACAGCUGUCCAGGUCACGUCAGCUGAGAGGACGCGGGUUUUGGGGCAGUCCGUGUUUUUGAAUGAUAUUUACUAUGCGUCUGAAAUUGAAGAAAUCUGUUUGGUGGAUGAAAAUCAGUUCACCUUAACCAUUGCCAACCAAGGAACACCUCUCACAUUCAUGCAUCAGGAGUGUGAAGCCAUUGUCCAGUCUAUAAUUCACAUACGGACUAGAUGGGAACUGUCACAACCAGAUUCUAUUCCCCAACACACGAAGAUCCGUCCAAAGGAUGUUCCGGGAACACUACUCAACAUUGCGUUGCUUAACCUGGGGAGUUCUGAUCCAAGUCUACGGUCUGCUGCCUAUAACCUUCUGUGUGCCUUAACAUGUACCUUUAAUUUAAAGAUUGAAGGGCAGUUACUGGAGACUUCGGGUCUUUGCAUCCCAGCCAACAAUACACUUUUCAUUGUCUCCAUUAGCAAGACACUGGCAGCUAAUGAACCUCACCUAACCCUAGAAUUUUUGGAAGAGUGCAUUUCUGGCUUCAGCAAAUCCAGUAUUGAACUGAAACAUCUGUGUCUGGAGUACAUGACCCCUUGGUUACUGAAUCUUAUCCGCUUCUGUAAACUUACUGACGAUGCAAAGCGGCAACGUGUCAGUGCGAUCUUGGACAAGUUGAUUACCAUGACCAUCAACGAAAAACAAAUGUAUCCGUCCAUACAAGCAAAAAUAUGGGGCAGUUUGGGGCAGAUCACAGAUCUUCUUGAUGUCGUUCUUGACAGCUUCAUUAAAACCAGCGCAACGGGUGGCCUGGGAUCUAUUAAAGCUGAGGUCAUGGCAGAUACAGCAGUUGCUCUAGCAUCUGGCAAUGUCAAGCUGGUUUCAAGCAAGGUCAUUGGAAGGAUGUGUAAAAUAAUAGACAAGACCUGCCUUUCUCCCACUCCUACGCUGGAGCAGCAUCUCAUGUGGGAUGAUAUUGCCAUACUCGCCCGAUACAUGCUUAUGCUGUCUUUUAACAACUCAUUGGAUGUGGCUGCCCAUCUUCCCUACCUCUUUCAUGUUGUCACGUUAUUGGUUGCUACAGGUCCUCUUUCUCUUCGAGCUUCCACCCAUGGACUUGUGAUCAAUAUCAUUCACUCUCUGUGCACUUGCUCACAGCUGCAUUUCAGUGAGGAGACAAAACAAGUACUGCGGCUCAGUCUGACCGAAUUCUCUCUUCCCAAAUUCUAUCUACUCUUCGGGAUCAGCAAAGUCAAGUCUGCAGCGGUUAUAGCGUUCCGAUCCAGUUAUCGGGAUCGCUCCUUCUCACCUGGUUCUUACGAAAGAGAGACCUUUGCUCUGACGUCAUUGGAAACUGUUACAGAAGCACUUUUAGAAAUUAUGGAGGCCUGCAUGCGAGAUAUCCCGAAUUGCAAGUGGUUGGACCAGUGGACUGAGCUUGCUCAAAAGUUUGCAUUCCAGUACAAUCCGUCACUUCAGCCUCGAGCGCUCGUUGUGUUCGGGUGCAUCAGCAAACGUGUCUCUCAUGGACAGAUCAAACAGAUCAUUCGCAUCCUGAGCAAAGGACUUGAAAGCUGCUUAAAAGGUCCUGAUAAUUACAAUAGCCAAGUUUUAAUAGAAGCCACUGUGAUAGCACUAACCAAACUACAGCCGCUUCUUAACAAGGAUUCCCCUAUGCACAAAGCCCUCUUUUGGGUGGCUAUGGCAGUACUGCAGCUGGAUGAAGUUAGUUUGUAUUCGGCGGGUACAGCUCUUCUGGAACAAAACCUGCACACAUUAGACAGCCUUCGAGUAUUUAAUGACAAGAGUCCAGAAGAAGUCUUUAUGGAAAUCCGCAAUCCUCUAGAGGAAUGGCAUUGUAAACAAAUGGACCAUUUUGUUGGCCUCAAUUUCAACUCUAACUUUAACUUUGCACUAGUUGGGCACUUGCUAAAAGGCUAUCGACAUCCUUCCCCUACUGCUGUGGCAAGGACAGUACGGAUUCUUCACACUUUGCUUGCACUCGUGAACAAACACAGGAAUUGUGAUAAGUUUGAAGUAAACACUCAGAGUGUUGCUUAUUUAGCAGCUUUGCUUACAGUGUCUGAAGAGGUGAGGAGUCGCUGCAGUUUGAAACACAGAAAAUCACUGCUGCUGACAGAUGUUUCAAUGGAAAAUGUUCCUAUGGAUACAUAUCCGAUGCACCACAGUGACCCCACUUGCAGAACACUGAAGGAAAACCAACCAUGGUCAUCCCCAAAAGGGUCUGGAAUGCACCUAGCUGCAAGCUACCCCACUGUUGGGCAGGUUAGCCCACGGACCAGAAAGUCUAUGAGUCUAGACAUGGGGCAACCAUCACAAGCAAACACUAAAAAACUGCUAGCUAUGCUUCAUGUUCUAGGUACAAGAAAAAGCUUUGACCAUUUAAUAUCUGACACUAAGGCUCCUAAGAGGCAGGAGAAUGAAUCUGGCAUCACUACACCUCCAAAAAUGAGGAGAGUAGCAGAGAAUGAUUACGACAUUGAUACACCAAGAAUAUCAUCCCCUCAACAACAUCCUCACUUGCGGAAAGUAUCAGUCUCUGAGUCAAAUGUGCUCUUGGAUGAGGAAGUUCUGACUGAUCCUAAAACCCAGGCUCUGUUGCUGACUGUGCUUGCUACUCUUGUGAAAUACACUACAGAUGAGUUUGAUCAGCGUAUCCUGUAUGAAUACUUAGCUGAAGCCAGUGUGGUCUUCCCUAAAGUGUUUCCUGUGGUACACAACUUAUUGGACUCUAAGAUCAACACCCUUCUGUCUUUGUGUCAAGACCCAAAUUUAUUAAAUCCUAUACAUGGAAUUGUACAAAGUGUGGUGUACCAUGAAGAAUCCCCUCCACAGUAUCAACCAUCUUACCUGCAAAGCUUUGGAUUUAAUGGGUUGUGGAGGUUUGCUGGUCCUUUCUCAAAGCAAACACAAAUCCCUGACUACGCAGAGCUCAUAGUUAAGUUUCUUGAUGCCUUGAUUGACAAGUACUUGCCUGUUAUCGAUGAAGAAGCCAGUGAGGAGUCGCUGCUGACGCCUACAUCUCCAUACCCUCCUGCUGUGCAGAGCCAACUGAGUAUUACUGCUAACCUUAACCUAUCCAAUUCCAUGACCUCCCUUGCCACUUCCCAGCAUUCCCCAGGAAUCGACAAGGAGAACGUGGAAUUGUCCCCCACCACCGGCCAUUCAAAUAGCGGCAGAACGCGCCAUGGUUCAGCGAGCCAAGUGCAAAAGCAGAGAAGUGCUGGCAGCUUCAAACGUCAAAGCAUCAAAAAGAUUGUGUGAAGAUUUUUUAAUUACCCUUUUUAUUUAUUUAUUUUACAGUUCCUUUUCUAAAACAGACUUACCUAAGCGGUUGGCCCUCCAGUGGCCCCGCGCACAAUAUGAUGCUGCACUUAAUUUUUUUAACGUUCCCAUGCAGUCAGCCAUGUCGCCAGAAGAUCAACACAUUGAAAGCAUUGCUUGAACUCGACACCAUUUGGUUUCCUCAGCCUUUUUCUUCUUCAUUUUUUUUCCUUUUCCCGUUCUCUCCAUUCUUAAAGGGAACCAUGGUCACAAGCAUAUCAACAACUUGUGAAUUUCAGAAUGAAGGAUUUUGUAAUUUUGAUAACGGUGGCCCAGCCUUUACUGCAUUUCCUGUUCAAAACAAUAGUGGCAUUUUCAUGAGUCUUUUUGCCUUGUCUUUUUUAUUACUGUUUGUGUUUGUUUUGCAUUUAACAAAUUGUCGAAACUAAUCCUUUCUAGUGGCUUUGGUGGGAAAAGUAUCUUAUUUAAGCCCUCCCCCUCUGAAAUCACUUUUAGCUGUGGAAUUUUUUUUACCUAUUUGCUUAGAAUUAACUUCCCAGUCGGGAUUUAUUUUUUAUUUUUAUUAACCUAAUGGUACUUCAAAAGCAAAUAUGAGACUGUGUGUGAAAGGGGCCACUACUAAUUUGAUUUCUGGGUACUUGCAAUAAAUUUCUCAAAUGAAUUAUAUUUUUAUUCCUAUAAAAAUAUGUUGAUCUAUAUUCCAAACAUUGCUGUUAAAGUAUUGAAGCAUUUCUGUCAUCUUAAAUGCACCAGUGAUUUCUGUCCUUAAAAUGCACUAUUUCUAAAAGGCAGAUUGUAUUCUGAAAUAGAAUCAUUUGACAUGUUGUGUAAAUAUGUGUUUGUAUUAAUUUGACGAGAAAAAAAAAAACUGUUUUAAAAGUAAAAUUGUGGUAAGUAAAUUGCUUGCAUCUGAGUAGUAUAAGGGCUUUAACUCCUUUCUGCUUGACGAUCGUUUCCUUAACCCUUCCAGAGAGAGGUGUUAAAAAGAAUUCUUGCACUUAAGGGCAUAAUCUUUUUGAAAGAUCUAUGCCCUCACGAUGAUUGGGGCAUCAUUUGCAAUGGAGAAAUAAACAAUUCACCCUUUGGCGUGGUGCACUGUUAUGUGCAAUGUUAAAAUAGUAAAAAAAAUAUAUAUAUAUAAAAACUCAGGCCUUAUCGAGGUCGAUAUGAAGCGGUACGCUUAAACUGACAAGAACCUUCUCGCUGUGGCUGCGAGGAGCGGCAUCAUGGAACCAUUGAUGCACUUGGUUUUGAAGGAGCAGUCACAUUGUAUUAUGUAGAAACCUGUAAUCGUGAUAAGUAAAUGCUAUUUAAAAUCCUUGUGUUUCUUAUUGGCAUAUAGAAUGUCAAAUCUGCUGCACAUAUUUAUAAUACUAAUGCUGACUUAUGAAAGCAACACACAACUAUAGGUCUCCCAUCCGACAGCCCCUGCCUCCGCAAAGAAGCCAAUUCAUGUGUUCCCAAUAAUCAGUCUUAGAAAUAUUGGAUUGGUAUGGGGUCACCCUAGUUUAUAUGAACACAUGUUCUCUCACUGUGACAUAUUAAUUCUGGAUUAGUGUGUAGUAUUUACAGUGACUGACCAACCAUUUGAUACUCUACCACUACAGCAUAACGGAGGAUAAUGCUAUUCGCCAGACUUCUCAGCACUGUACUGCUGUAAACACCAAGGUGAGGCCAUUGUAGGACAGGGCUUCAGACAUUUGUCUAGUAUAUUCUUAACUCAGAGGAAAAUUCUCUUUUUUGACGAUAUUAAGCAAAAGGGAAAAGACAUCUAGGUGCUUGCUUUUAGGGCUCAAAUAUAUUAACUGCUGAACAUAUGUAUAAAUGAAACACAAAAUGAAACGAUGCUCUUCUACAACUUAGGUCUUGGUCUGAGGACCAGGAAUGGCUUUAAGAUAAGAUACAAAUAUAAUUCUAUGUAAUAAGACUAUAGAGUGAUUUAAGUGUAUUUCAGUAAAUCAAACUCCACAGCUAAACUAAUAUAACAAUGGUACAAAUAUGUGUUGGGUUUUAAUACGUAUAGCACAUAAUCUGCAUUUAAUCACAUUAUAAAGUGUAAUUCACAGAUGUAAAUAAGCUCUUUUUUAUUUUCCCACUUGAUUUUGUGAUUAUUUUUUUUUGUACAUUUUGUUUACAGUCCUGGAAAAAGAAAACUGUGGACAGAAACCUCUUAUGCAAACAGUCCACCAAAAUCCCAUUGUACUUUUGUUUAGCAAAUUCACAGGAUGGGGUGUUCUUGAAAGGGUCGCCACUGUCCAGUGAGCUGGACGACACGGGUGCACACAUGACUUUGUGUUUCCUUGUCUUUUGUGGAGCGAUGAAUCAGAAUGGCCCAACGUUGCCUGAAAUAACCAAAUAUGCCCAUCAGAGAUGAAUUGCAUGCAUACUCUCACUAUCCCAUCAUGAUCUUUUCCGUUAUUGGCGGUCAGGCUAGGGCAAGCUUAUCAGUGGCCAAGAAUUACAGAAACCUGACCGUUUUUGUUUUGUCACAUGAGAUUCCCAGUCAAAUAGACACCUCGUAGUCCCAUUCAACAAAAUGUGUGCUUAAAGCAGCCACUAGAUAUAAAAUACACACAAAACCCUGUCGGACAACUCUUUUAAAAACCCCAACCUGAUUGAUUCAGAUAUCUUCUACCAUAAGACAAGGGUGGAAGGGAUAUUCAACAUCCAUCAGAAUACAUUUUGAGCAUUCAGAUUCUAACGUAUUCAGCGACAGCAGCAAAAUACACAAAUACAUGACAUGUCAUAGUGCACAUCAUUAAAUAGAAUCUGUCACCAUGUAAUACAACCGCCUUAAAGGGGGUUAUGCCAUGCUUGAUGUAAAAAAAUAAUAAUCAGACACCAUAUAGUACAUGACAACACCUUUCUAACACAGCUAGAACCAGCCCUGUACCUCAUAUGGGUCCAGAGAUCUUCACAUUAA